GCUCCGUACGGAUGCAGAUCAUCUCUUCGGCGCUCUCGCUCGCGGAACGUCCACUGUCCGUGUGUUUCCGCAGACGACGACAACGACGACGUUUCGCUCGUUUGCUCGCUUGCUGCCAGGCUCUUUUUCCAACGUCGACAACGACGACGGCUACGACAACGAUUCGCACUGAGGAGAAAUCGUCUCGGUGAAAAUUUCCUUCGCCACCAGUAGCCACACAAAGUACUUAACUUUCCAAGUCCGCCAGUACUUUUUUUCCUCGACGGAUCAGCAUCAUUGCACCGGAUACCGUGCGAAAAGCGAACACGCCAAGUAAGCCUCUGGUGCCUGGACGGUAUCCAUCGUUACGGGAUUCCGGAAGCUAGCCAGACUUUUGCGUCAAAAAAGAAAAGCCAAUAAACGGGAUAAGUGAAAGAAGUGUGGUGUCCGUUCGAGUGCCGAAAAAAAACCAAAGUCGCGCGUACAUGUGAGAGUGUUUUGUGACCCCAACCGAACUCCAAGGAAGGCCAAAGAUUAAGCCAAACGGCGACCGCACAGGUCACAGGUAUAUUGCAUAUUUAUUCCGCACAAAGUACUAAAAAGGGGAGCAGUGCGUGAAUUCUCGUGUUGAGGUUUUAAUGCGUGAAGAGAACAAGAAACCAAUCGGCCAAAUUUACAUUCAGACGACGACGUCGACGACGACGUGUGGAUGAUGAGAAGCAGAUAGCGCAGUGCAAAAAUCGCAUCUUGGUUCAUUCUUUUGCUGGAAGCGCCCCUCGUCUUACACAGUGGAAGAAAAAGAAUCCAGCUAUCGGAGAAAAGCAAAAAAAAAGAACAUAACGAGUGAAGCAGUGAAAAUGCUGCAACGAUUAAGCAGAACCGGAAGGGGCGAUGCUGUAACAUUGUUGCCACCGAAAGUUGAAUCCGAAGCGGAGUAGUGCCAUUCAAGAGGAUAUAAGGCAGUCAGCCGAGAAAAAGUUCGGGAAAUCGAAUAAAGUGCUUAAAUUUUAGUGUUAGAUAAUAAUCCGCUGCGCUGCGGAAGCAGCAAAAAGCGCCGUGUCUCCUCCGUGUCUGUGACGGUGGCCCUUUCCCGUAUACACAUCCGUAGCUAUUGGCAUAAUAGUGUUGUAUCUCAGUGUCCUUGCGUGUUGUGAGAGUGUGCGUUCGUUUUGUUAGGCCACCCGAUGUGAUGUUUUUGCAAAUCGAUGAUCGAAAGCGGAAACCCGAGAAUAAGUAGUGUCUGAAAAAUAAAAAAAGGGCACACACAACUUGCCAGAUUGAAUCAACGUCAGUUUCGGUUUGUCUGGAACGAGAAAAAGAAUCCGGUUAUUAGUGAAGAAAGUAAGUUAUAGGGAAUAAACACGAAAAUCGUACACCGAAACAGUGAAUGUGAGAGUGGAGAGUAGAUAGAAUCUCCCGAGUGAAGUGAACCCGGAGCCCCCGGAAUGCUUAUAGUGCCCCUACGGCCGUCACCAGAGUCGCGUCGUUUGUGUAGCCACUCGUGCGAGUAUCGUUUGUCAGUGAAAAAUCAGCGCAACGAACAACAACAACAACAGCAACUCCUGCGAGAGGCAGAACCGCAGCAGCGAGAAAAAGAAGUAACUACCAGUAGAGGCGACUUACGGCGGCAGCAACAGCACCUAUUACUACAUUCACUGCAAAGCAUAAUCGCACGAUCGCAAUCGUCAGAUUCGGCACCUUACUAUCAGAAAACUACCUUCACGACAACAAUAGCAACUGUUUCUACUACAACAACUACUACUACUACUACAAAAACUACUACUGUUAAUACUGCUGCUGCUGAUUUCACCUCUAGCACCUACACUAUCGACGGAUCUGUCGCUAAAGUCGCAACCUGUUCUUGUACUACUGUUGCUGCUGCUGCUACUAUCGGUGCUAGUACUGCAACUAUCGAAACUAACCGAAAGCCACAAAGUUCAACAACAACAACAAACAGCCUUGUACAGUGUGUGAGCGAUCGUCACUAGUGUGCUAUCAUCUAUACACAAAGCAAAGCAACAACAAAAAGAAAGAAGCGCCCUCCACCACCCAUCAUUACCAGCCACACCACAACCAUCACCACCACCAUCAUCACCCCUCGCUAGCACAAACGCGUGCACACCUCGCACUCGCAGUACACAGAGCAGCCGCCUAAGGGCACACACGCGCGCCGCACGCACCAAUCCGUAGGCAGCCGCAGCAUCCCAGUCACGCGCCAAGAGCCCAGCCGCCCCGCAAACGCGCCACGCAACCAACGGCCGGAAGAAUACUGUUUAAACCAUUGGUUACCUAUUUAAAUGCAAAACCAUAAUCUAUCGCAAAGAUAACGACAAAACGCCGUGUAAUUCGGCAUCAACCAUUUCUCCAAUAGAUUUCGUAGAGAAAUGGGGCCUGACACCGGUCCUAGGGCCCAGA